AUGGGAGUGCUGAGUUCAAUUGCUUAUGUGUUCGUGGCGCCAUUUCGGGCUUUGCGGUAUAAAACUGCUACUCCUCAGAUGCGUGCCCGUAUAAUCAAGCUGGGCGUAAUCUGUCGCAAGUCAUGGAUUUUCUUUCCGCCACUAAUGAUGUACCAAUACAUCCGUGAGAAAGAUAAGGAGAUGUACACAUCUGAGCUCUUUUACAAGAACUCCAAUGUUGAGAAUCCUAAUUCCUUUUACGACCCUUCGAAACCCGAGGGCAAUCGCCAUUGGAAGAUACAGCAUGAUCUUAGUCUGAUUUCUGCAGCUGCUAACAACCGUUUUAAUUAA